AUGUCAGGGGAGUCAACAUCGCAGCGCGACGUCUUUGAUGACUGCCGCCGUGUCGUGCACAGCGUUCUGGGAGGCUACAACGGCACCAUCAUGGCGUACGGCCAGACCGGCAGCGGUAAAACCCACACACUCAUCGGAGACGUCGCAGACCCCGAGCUGCGGGGCAUCGUGCCGCGUGCUGUCGAGGCGCUGGGCGAGGGCAUUGCGGCUGACGACAGCGGCGCAGAGUACGAGGUGCGUUUGACUGUUGUUGAGAUCUACUGUGAAAAGAUUCGCGACCUGCUGGAUCCCCUUGGUCGCGACAACCUGCCCAUCAAGCAGGGGCUGGAUGGCGGCAUGUUUGUGGAGGGUGCCACUGAGGUGUGUGUUGCGGAUGAGGAGCAGCUGGUGGGCGUCAUGGAGGCGGGCCUGGCUCAGCGCGCCGUCAAGGCCACCGCCAUGAAUUCUGCCAGCUCGAGGUCUCACUGCAUCGUGACUGUGGCGGUGGAGAAGGCCUGCCCAGACGGCUCAACAGUCAGCGGGAAGCUGCGCAUGGUGGACCUGGCCGGCAGCGAGCGCCAGGACAAGACGGGCGCUGCGGGUCAGACGCUGGUGGAGGGGUCCCUCAUCAACCGCUCCCUGUCGGCGCUGGCCAACGUCGUGUCGGCCCUGACUGAGGGCGGCGGCCCAGGGGGCGGCCACGUCAAUUACCGCGACUCGAAGCUGACGCGCAUGCUGCAGGACUCGCUGGGCGGCAGCGCCCGCACGGUGCUCAUCAUCAACUGCUCCCCGUGCGCCGACAACGCCGCCGAGACGCUGUCGUCCCUGCGCUUUGGCAGCCGCGCCCUGGGCAUCAAGAACACUGUGUCCGCCAACAGGCGGCUGAACCCAGAGGCGCUGCAGCGGCAGCUGGACGAGGCGAGAGCUCAGAUCGAGGCGCUGCGGCAGGAAGUUGAGGCACUGAGGGCAGCAGGCAGCAGCACCAUCGAUGGCGGAGGGAGAUUCACAGCGGGAGCGACCCAGCAGGGCGCCACGGCGGUGGUAGCUUCAGAGCGUGAGGAGCCCCUGCAGCAAGUGCCCGGAAAUGCCGGGGCCCUGGCGCACGCCAGCAGCAGCAGUGGUGUGGGCGGCGGCCUGCAAGCCGCGGGGCCGUGGGUGGAGCCUCUGGCGUGCGGGUUUGCUCUGGCUACGAGCAUGCUGCUUUACAUGGGCUUUGAGGACUGGCUGCUGCGACAGCACGGGUACUUGGUGGGCUGA